UUUUUAAUAUCUCAAAUGGCUUUAAUAUUAAAUCAGUGUGUGUUGCAUAAAUUGUGUAGUUUUCUUUUGUUUUUCUUGCUCUUUAAGCCGACUUCCGCCAAUUUAAUCACGAAACGAGUCAAACGGUUGUCUAGUCCUUCGCAUGAUGAAGAGAAGAUGGAAGGACUUUCGAAAUAUGUUGUUUCCAUCCAAUCGCGAACUUCGCACGAGGUAUUCGGAGACAAUCACUUCUGUGCCGGGGUCAUCAUCUCCAAGAACUUCAUCCUGACCUCAGCCCACUGCACAAUGGAUAAACGGAAGAUAAUGUAUCGAAGUCGAGUUCUGUCGGUCACGGCCGGAGCUGAAAACCGGCUGAAAUACCGCCCAAACAUCUCUGUGAGUGUGCCGGUAAAAAAGGUCUUUGUGCCGGAGAACUUUACCCUACAAAACACCAACAAUAUAGCUCUGAUGAAGCUGGGCGUGGACCUGCCGACGGAUAGUCAAUAUGUGGGAAUCAUUAAUUUGCCAACCACUCCGCCCCAGCGGGGGCUUAAUUACACGGUUAUGGGCUGGGGACGAAUGUUUAAGGGUGGCCCACUGUCGGAAAAGCUCCUGCACAUUGACGUGGAACUCCUUCCCUGGGAUGAAUGCGAUAGGCUGCUAAACACAUUCAAGGAGGAGAUGAUGUGUGCCGGAAACCUGAACAACAACCUCGAUGAAAAUCCCUGUGCCGGUGACACUGGAGGGCCUCUGGUUUUAAACGAAACUGUUUACGGAAUAGUGAGCUAUCGAAUCGGAUGUGGAUCAAAGGAUCUGCCAUCUGUCUACACGAAUGUCCAUUCCCAUGCAAAAUGGAUCCAGGAAACAAUGAUCGAAAAUGGAUGUGGGAGCUUGAAAAGUUUUCUUUGCCUUGUGGUGGCCUCUUUAUAUUGUCUAGUGAUGAGAAAUAGAUCUAUGAACAGUUUCGCAGGCUUUUAUUUAAUAAAAAUGAUCAUUUUUAGACCAAGAGGCCACCCUUGGCGGUCAAGGCGGGCAAGUGCUUGA